CAAUAAGUGUUGUUCUCAGCUCCCUGAAUCAUUUCGUGUAGACUAUAUAGUUCGACAAAGAAACCCCCCUGCAAUUGUUAGCUAGCUUUAAUGUGACUCUAUUUAGAUUUAAUUUUUCGAGGCACGAUUCUAUUGCGCUGGCUGCUAUCUAAAGUCGUAGGCUGCGCAAUGUAGGCUACUCUGUGCUGUAGCUAGUGUUUAUUGUGUAAAUACGCUGGCUGUUAAGUGUGUGUAGGACUGUAAGGUUACACUGUGGUUGUAAAGUGAUCCCUCCUACUCCCGUGUAUACUGCCCGUGUACGAGCGAGGGAGUGAUCGCAGCAGGAAGGAAAGCGAAGCAUUGAAUGCUAACAAGGGGAGUUAAUGUUCAAGCAUUCCUAAAAGGUGGGGGGUUUUAACAUCAAGCAAUGGAGACGUACAAUUAACCUGGUAUGUGCCAGAUCACAAUUUACGCUGAUCGUCAUCAUCAUCAUCAGCACAACCAUCUUCAUCUUUCCCGUUGAAUGAAAUGUAUCGAGCCUGCAUGGGAUCCGGAUACUGACAAUGGAGAUUGAAAAUAUUGUGGCCAACACUGUGCUGCUGAAAGCCAGAGAAGGUGGAGGUGGGAAGAGGAACGGCCGGAGUAAGAAAUGGAAGGAGAUGCUGAAGCUGCCACACAUCAGUGUGUGUGAAGACCUGAGGCGGACCGUCGAAAGGGAUUACUCCAGCCUGUGUGAGAGGCAGCCGAUUGGCCGGCUCCUGUUUCGGCAGUUCUGUGACACGCGGCCCGAGCUGAAGCGCUGUAUCGAGUUCCUCGACGCCGUGGCCGUGUACGAGCUGGCGCCAGACGAGAAGAGGAGAGACUGCGGCUUGAAUGUUUUAGACACAUACUUUAAUAAUGGGUCGACGGCCCAUUUACCAGAAAUACCUCGGGAAGUGGUGGGGGAGUGCAGGGACAGGCUGGAGCAGAGCCCCUGCAAGGAGCUGUUCAAGGAGUGCACCAGAAUCGUUGGCGAAUAUCUCAGCGGAGCUCCCUUCUCCAGCUAUCAAGAAACCAUGUACUUCUCUCGCUUCUUGCAGUGGAAGUGGCUUGAAAGGCAACCCGUAACCAAAAAUACCUUCAGACAUUACAGAGUACUUGGGAAAGGUGGAUUUGGAGAGGUUUGUGCCUGCCAAGUCCGAGCCACGGGUAAGAUGUACGCCUGUAAAAAGCUGGAAAAGAAAAGAGUAAAGAAGAGAAAAGGUGAAGCAAUGGCAUUAAACGAAAAGCGCAUUUUAGAGAAAGUUAACAGUAGAUUUGUAGUUAGUUUAGCCUAUGCCUAUGAAACCAAGGAUGCCCUUUGUCUAGUGCUAACGAUAAUGAAUGGCGGGGAUUUGAAGUUCCACAUUUACAACAUGGGAAACUCCGGCUUCGAGGAGCAGAGAGCGAUUUUCUACGCAGCGGAAAUCUGCUGUGGGUUGGAGGACCUACAUCGGGAGAGGAUAGUCUACAGGGACUUGAAGCCCGAAAACAUUCUUUUAGAUGACCGUGGGCACAUCCGAAUCUCGGACCUGGGUCUGGCGGUGCAGAUCCCGGAAGGAGAGACGAUACGAGGGAGGGUGGGAACGGUGGGCUACAUGGCUCCGGAGGUGAUCCAGAACGAGAGCUACUCCUUCAGCCCGGACUGGUGGGGCCUGGGCUGCCUGGUGUUCGAGAUGAUCCAGGGCCAGUCCCCCUUCCGCCGGCGCAAGGAGCGGGUCAAGCGCGAGGAGGUGGACCGCAGAGUGCGCGAGGACCAGGAGGAGUACUCCGACAAGUUUUCGGAAGAGGCCCGGGACAUCUGCAAGCUGCUGCUAGCGAAGGACCCCAAGGGGCGGAUGGGGUGCCAGGGCCAGGGUGCUGCACAGGUGAAGCAGCACCCCAUCUUCCGGAACAUCAACUUCAAGAGGCUGGAGGCCAACAUGCUGGACCCGCCCUUCAUCCCGGAUCCACGGGCAGUUUACUGCAAAGACGUGCUGGACAUCGAACAGUUCUCCACCGUCAAAGGAGUAAACCUGGAUACCACAGAUGACUAUUUCUACCACAAGUUUGUCACGGGAAGUGUCUCCAUCCCCUGGCAAUAUGAGAUGAUCGAGAUGGACUGCUUCAAAGAGAUCAACGUGUUCGAGGUGGAAGGCGCCCUCUGUGCUGACCUGGAUGUAAAUAGACCCAACCCCCCGCCAAAGAGAGGCUUCUUCUACCGGCUCUUCAGGAGAGAGGUAUGCUUUAAGAGUGGCUACAGUGAUGAGGACGAGGAGCCAUCCCGACUUUAAAACCACUCUCGUCAGCCAAAAAGAGCGCCAUCUUAACAAAAAUGAAUGUUUUAACUGUAUUUAUGAAUUGUAUUAAAAGUGUAUUAUAAUUAAAGAAAAAGUAUGAGUUUAAAGAUUUUGUACAUUUGUACUUGAAUUAUGUCUAGAUGUAUAUUUUCACUAAAGGUUGUAUUGUAAAAAAAGCCAUAUAAUUACCACUUGAAUGCAUACAUAACAUAUUCCCCCUUUGGAAUGAGUAUAGAAAUAUGUAUUUAAGGAUUCUUUUUAAAAAGAAGCACAGUUUGGUAUUUUUAGUCUCUUUUUUAUGUUGCAUAGGGCUUAAUUUUAAUGUUUAUUUUGUUUUAUGUUUUUUUUGGCCUACGUAUAGUAUUAGUACAUUUUCUGUUACUACGCACAGCUGCAAGAUCUUUAAACAAAUCGGUCUGCCGAACUGGUAUGUUAAAGGUACGUUCAACUGCGUUUCUCCUGGACAGGUCUGCAGAGAUGGUCUGGGGUCAUUUGGGCUGAUAAUUAUGUACGGUCAGUUCCAAAAUAGUGUCACAAGGAGGUAAAAAAUUUAGCCCCCACGAUGGCUUCAAGCUUACCAUCCCAGUCCCUGAUUGACCCUGAUGAGCACACAUGCUUAAUAUUUAGAACCCCUGACUCACGGUCAUGGUUCAGUUCCCAUCACUUUAUGAUUGAGCUAAAAGUCUGACUUCACAUCCCCAACCUCAGGUCUUACUUUGCACUCACUGAGGUUGUGAGCAUUCAUAGGCUUGUCCAUUAUUUUUGAACAUGAGGACCAUCAUACUCAUCUUGUGAACAUUCAGCACCCCUGCCCCCCUUUCCCUCGGAAACUGGGGAAUUCUGUCAUAUGAAUAUGCAGUUUGGAAUAAUCAAUGAAAGGUCUGACGCAUGAAAUGCAGGCCACCUCAGCUAUUCUGGGGAAAACAACUAAACAUACCAUUUAUUCUGGUAGAGUUCCCAUUCAAAAGAACACCUGUAACCUUUCAAUGUGAAAUUGAGAUGUUUCUGGGAAGUUGCGGUUUCAAUAACUGAUCAGCGUGUCCAUGCCUUAAGCAGGUGACAUAAGAACUCAUGUUAUCACACAUUUACUGCACAUUUGAAGCCUACAGAAAAACAAUAUGGCAGGCCCUUUAAAAGAUUAUUUUCCCCAAUGAAUUCAAAAUAUCAGCAGAGUUUAAUAAUGGAAAACAAUUUUAAAAGAAAAUUCAAUUUGCGUGUAUAUAGCAUUUAUAUGGUAUUAUUAAAUCUAUUUGCUCACAAUAAUUGCUUUUCACUUCUGGACCAUUCACACCCAGCUAGUAGUAUUUACAGACACACACACACACACACACACACACACACACACACACACACACACAUAUUCUGUGGUCACACUAGGGAUCUUGCAUAACUAAAUACCUCAUGUUGAAAUAUGCCUUUCGAUAGUCUCAUGGUAUUUUGUGUUAAAAUUUGGAAUGCAAUCAAAUUAGAAACUGCUUCUGUAUGCAAGCAGUACAGGCCCGAAAGAGCCAGUCAGAUUCACCUAGAGGUGCAGGAGGUGUGUCAAUCAACGACACAUCAGUACUACUGAAGUUGAGCAUCUUUUAACCGUAUUCUUUAAGAUCUAACAGGAAGCACAUGUCAUCCAUGCGACCAUUCUGUCUUAAGUUUAAGGACAGAAAACUGACUGGAUAACAUGUUAAAUGGCCCAUCCUGACAGUUGGUGAAUAAGAGGUGUUCCACUGCAACAUUCCUUCUGUUAGGGUGAGUGCAGCAAAUGUAUCCUGAUACUCGGAGAGGCCCAUCCUAGCAGCCUAUCCGAAGGUCUUCUCGCCCCUCCAUAAUUAAACAACAUCCAGAUUAGUGUUGCAAUAUUGGUAAAGUGCACUUUGCCAAGGUUUAAUUGUCACACCAGGGUAAAAUAUCUUGCAAGGAAAUGUUCUCGGUGCAAGUAAGGCUGCUUUCUUGGUGUAUGCUGUUUUUUUGUUUGUUUUUUUUUUAAAGGCGGUGCACCAUUCAAUCAAGUUUUUUUAUAAUUACAAGGUAUAGUGCUUCUCAUUCUUCAACCUGAAAAUCCUUUAUAUUUACUUAGUUGCAACAUUUUUAUUUUCAAUGCUGUGAAAACAAGUGACAAUCUCUAGCUACAGGUGCAUGUUUGACAUUUUAUUGUUAUGUUUUGAUCAGUUCAUAAAAUGGCACAUGAGCAGAAUUGAGUUUUACAGUCUACUGCCAGGCAGAAGCACGAAGUCCGUGUGUAAAAAGGAAAUAAACUUAAGCUAAUGAUAGUACUCACUAAUAAACAAUGUUUUUACCACAAAGGAAUUCAGAUAUACACUCAGUGAGCACUUUAUCAGGUAUUAACUUAUUGACUUAUUUUUUAGACUUAUUGGUCUUUUGCUGCUUUAGCCUAUCCACUUAGAGGUUUGAUGCAUUGUGUGUUCAGAAUUGCUCUUCUGCAUACCAUUGUUGUAAUGUGUGGUUAUUUGCGUUACUGUCACCUUCCUGUCAGCUUUAACCAGUCUGGCCUUUCUCCACUGACCUCUCCUUAACAAUGCAUUUUUGCCCGCAGAACUGCUGCUCACUGGAUGUUUUUUUUUAAAUUUUUUUAAUUUUUUUGUUUUUUUUUAAACCAUUCUCUUCAAACUCUAGUGACUGCAUGAAAAUUACAAGAGAUCCACAGUUUCUGAGCUAGUCAAACCACCCUGUCUGGCAAGAACAAUCAUUCCAUGGUCAAAGUCACUUAGAUCACAUUUCAUCCCCAUUCUGACAUUUGGUCUGAACAAUAGCUGAACCUCUUGACCACAUCCGCGUGCUUUUAUGCAUUUAGUUGCUGCCACAUGAUUGGCUGAUUAAAUAUUUGCAUUAACAAGCUAGUGUACAGGUCUACCUAAUAAAUAGCUCACUGAGUGUAUUUUAACAACUCAUUCACUUACACUUAUUUUACAUUUGGCUGAAACUGCAUUUAAAAUGCUCUGUAAAUAUUAACAUACAAAGAGUCCAAGGAUAUUUGACUAAUAUGCUGAAGAGACUUGAUUGUAGUGGCCAUUUUUAGAUUGUGAGUAUUGUAAGUAGACUGAGAGGUCCUGGACUUUUCUGAGCUUCUGAUCUGUGCCCACCUGGUCAUCCCUGUGCUCUGCUGCCCAUCGUAUUAAUCCCCAUGUAGACUUUGAUUUAUUCAACUGCUUUUGCAAUGCAUGGACAAUUGAAAAUUUAUUUGCACUUUUUUCUUUGCUUCAUUUUCAAGAGUUGUUCCAAAAAAUGCUGCAAAUGAUGCCAAGCAAAGCAUCAAAAUGGAAUCUGAUAAUUUCUUUAUUUUCAAAAGUGAAGUUUGAAAUAGAACUAGGUCUUUAUCGGUGUGCCAAUCAACAAAUCCUGAAUCCUUCUUCCAUUUGGCUUAGGUUUUUUUUUCUUAAAUGAAAAGAUUGAUUCGAAGGGCACAUUCACUCAGAAUCCCUCCUUUUUUGCUGGUAAGGAAAUACAGUGAACAGUUUGAAUGUUUGCAUAAAGUGCAUUUUUAAUGUUUUUUUAAAGUUUUUUUUUAGAUGUUUAACAAAUCAAGCAUGCAUUGAUAGUAUCCUUCAGCUUUUUUAUUGUACAUUAUAUUCCAUGCAUACAUAUCAGAAGUAUCGGAUACUGCCUUUAUUAAUGCAAGGUUGACCGAUUUUGUAGUUGUACAGUCAUGUCUUUCAACCACUGCAGUCAAUGUAAUUCUUGUACAUGUUCUAUCACUGGGUGUUGUACCAUAUCGUACAUUUGUAAUUAAUAAAUAAAACACUGCCGUUUGUAUAUAAAUAAA